UGGAUGUAAUUGUGUACAGACAUGAUGCAGGAAACUUGACCGCAGCUGCACACACAUGGGGGAUGUAACACACAUUUUGCAAACGCAGUUGCUAUGAAGUUUGUGUAUUUUUUUCCCAUCUUGCGCUACAAUGGAGUCAUCAAAGCAGCCGGUCCGCCUCCGCUCCUCUGCCCAUCACUGACUGCGGACGCUUCACUCGCGCAAUGAGCGUAUAAACAGCAGCAGCAUCAUCUGGUCUCAGGGCAGGCCUCUUCAUGGCCAGAUCAGCCAACAGAAACGGUGAGGACGGAGACUCUGGGGUCCCUGCUCCCUCAGAAAGAGGGGAGAUGAGGGAGCUGUCUCUGGAGGAGGUGGUGAAGUGUUAUGAGCAGCCCAUAAAUGAGGAGCAGGCAUGGGCUGUGUGUUACCAGUGCUGCAGGGAGCUGAAGCCGCCGCGCCCGAACACUGUUGUUCAGUUCCUGAUCCCAGACCUGUCCGCAAUAAUCCUGCACCGAGACGGCACUGUUACCGCACAUCUAAAGCGCACGGAUGACAGUGAUGCUAACCCUGUGUCUGUGGCUGAGCUGGUUCAGUCCAUCGGUGAAGCCAUCUAUCAUGCUCUGGACUGGGGACUGGAUGACAGUGAAGAGCGGGAAUUAAGUCCACAGCUUGAGAAUCUGAUUGAGUUUAUGGUUGGCAAUAAAGACAGCAGCGAGGCCAAACAUUGUGCCAGUAAUUCUGCUAAAGAUGAAGGCUACAGUGGCCAUGAGGAGGAGGAUGAAGAGGAGGAAGAAGGCCUGGUUCAUGGCAUUCAUACUCUCCAUCAGGUGAUGAUGCUUUGUGCCAGCAGGCUGGCGAAUCCAGUCUUAGCACCAGAGCAUUACCAGGCAGUGUGUCGCGCACUAUUCCUGGAGACUCUUGAACUACAGACCUUCCUAAGCAAGAUACGAGAUGCCAAAGAGAUGUUAAAGAAGAUCAGAAUCGAGGAAUCACAAGAGGAAAAUUCAGCUGUUGAGCUUAAUGCUCUUCAACACACAGACUGGGCUCGGUUGUGGGUUCAGCUGAUGAAGGAGUUGAGACAGGGUGUGAAGCUGAAGAAGGCGGAUGAACAGCCAUUUAACCCUCUGCCCACAGAGUUCAGCCUAACGCCCUUUGAGAUGCUUAUGCAAGACAUUCGCUCGCGCAAAUAUAAACUACGCAAAGUUGUGGUAGAUAUAAAUAUUCCCACAUGUGUGAAACAAAAUGCUCAUGAGUUGAUCUUGGACUUCAUCAGAUCAAGACCCCCUCUUAAACCAGUUUCUGAGCGCAUCUUGCCUCCACCUCCACAGCAGCAGCAUUCACUCCAUGAACAGGUUUUGGCUGAGAUUAGACAAGAUCAUAAACUGAGACCUGUGGAGCCACCCACUCCCAAGAGAUCGUUUGGCUCUUUACCAUGUCUGGCACAAACCUGCCAGUGUGACAUCAAAUCGACGUCCUGCAUUGACCUAUUAGUCACUGAAGCAGGGUGCCGCUCACAAUCUCGUAUACGUGUGCUCCUAAAAGCUCCAACACUGGCAGAAAUGGAGGAGAUGAAUAUAUUUGAGGAUGAGGACUCUCCAGAUGUAGACAUCAGGCGAGUGGAGAGCUCCCCUACACCUCUGAAGCGAGAUCGCUCCUUCUCAGAACAUGACCUGGAUGAGCUGCGAGGGGAAGUGACAUCAUCGUUCUCAGAAACACCUGAGCUUUCAGGUGUCCGUCCCUUUAGAGGAGAGAGACCCCGAUCACACACGCUGACAGGGGUUGGACCACCACACAUGUACCAUGCCUCAUUCCCUGUGUUUGACAGAAUGUCCCCAUACACCUGUCAGUCUUUCAGCUCAGAAGACAGAAGCCAUGAUGAAACUGUCUCAACAUCUCGUGAAAUGUCCAGACAUCAGUGGAUGGAGGAGUUCAGUCAUCCAGUGGACAGUUUGGCCUUAACGGUGGAUGAGGUUAUCAAUGUGCGCCGAAUACUUAUCAAAGCUGAGAUGGAGAAAUACAUGCAGAACAAGGAUCUUUAUAAUAAUCUGAAGAAGGGAAAGAUAUGCUGCUGUUGUCAAGUUAAAUUUCCUCUGUUUUCCUGGCCAUCUACGUGCCUCCUCUGUAAAAGGUCUGUCUGUAGCUCUUGUAGUGCAAAGAUGAAGAUUCCCUACAAAAAGCUGGCACACAUUCCAGUGUACACGGUGGGGUUUCACAGAAACGUGAAGAGUCACAAGAGUGAUGUCUACAAGUCUCUUCAUUUUCUGUGCAGACACUCAGUAGAAGAGGAGUUUCCUCACAUGUACUCCGCAGGCUGCAGUUUGAGGGAUGUGUGUUCUGAUUGCACAAAGUUUGUGGCCGAUGUCAUUUCCUCCAGUCGCAGGAGCCUGGACAUCAUCAACAACACACCAAAACACACCAAAACACCACACAACACAUCACAAUAGCACGUUUCCAAUAGGAUGAAUAAAUGAAUGUAUUAACUGAAUUGUUCAUACCUGCAAACUAGUCCUUUUUCGGCGAAAUUCACUGUUUUAAAUAAAAAAUAGGUCUUUUUUUCUGUGGGGGGGGUCUAGGCAUCUACUCCCGGGUGUCUGAAAUGUAUUUGGUCGAGCACCUGGAUUCGUUAGGCCAACCAGAAUCAAGAUAACAGCGUUGUCGUUUUUGGUCCUUGGGCCAACCAGAAACGCAUUCUAAACAUCAUGUUUGCGCCCGUAAUGAAAGAGACGUCUGCAAAGUGUCUGUCAAAGAGAAAAUGGCAUUGAUCUUUAUUAUUCAGGUCCCCCUUGUGAUGGAAACGGCUAUGUUAUGAGAGACAGUUGCUAGUCUCUCUUUCGAAUUUCCACUUCUAGAGCUCUGCCCUUCCAAGUGAGUAAGGCACUUGGGUGUCAUGGUUUGCACUUAAAAAACUUGUGCAGGCCAAAAGCCUGAAGAAAACGACAAUACAUCUGCCUUCUAUAACGCCCCUCCAACCUAACACUCCAAGGUAUGGCUGUCACCUUUUUCACAUAUUCCGAGUUUGCAGGUAUGAUUUUUACACAAUCCCUCUACACUGUCAAAAAAUGUACAAUCAUUCAACAAACUUUCUCUUUUGAUGAAAUAUUAGUUACGAUGGAGCAUAUCACCAUGCCCCUCUACUAUAUACAUGUAACCAAAAUAUCCAUUGGCCAAUGGAGAAAAUGCAAAAAAAAGGAAAGACAAUCUAUAUAUUGAUUUUACUUUAAAUUUGAGCUAAACUGUCAUAUCUGAUACUUAUUGUAUUUUCAAGUCUUGGGAUUCAGCUUAAAAAUGUGAAGUUAUCACAGAGUUUGGCUGAUUCAUGAAAGUGGAGGCCAGAAAUAAGCAUAUAGGAUCCUAAUAUCUUUUUUCUCAAUAUUAAAGCUUCUGAUCCACAGCUCAUUUCUGAUUACCUUUUAUUUUUAAGGACUGCCAGCUUGCAAUAAAACACAUAUCAAUACCACCAGUUUAAUGUGUGUGUUCCUACCUUAAAACAGUACUCGCAUGGGACAUACAGUGGCCUGUGUUUGUGUGUUACUUGAUACUAUUCACAAUAUAAUCUAUUGUGUCAUGAACAUGUUCAGGUGAUGUAGGACACAGCAUUGCAUUCUUUGACCUGUGUCCGGGGUGUGCAAAUAUGUAGAUUCCCUUGAUUUUUUCAUGGAACGUGACUGUUAGCUCCCAUAUCAUGGAGAAUUCUUUACCGUGCACAUGGAGGCACAUCAAGGUCUAGUUCGCUGACUUCAGACUAAAUUAGAACUCAGAGAGUUUAAGGUCCAUUCUUUUAGACGCCAAUGCAAUAUAUUCAAUAGCCGAUGAAUUGAGUUUAAAUAUUAAGGGCAAAACAACUGAUCAUCAACAGAUAUUUCUCUAUUUUAGGUGGCACUGAUGGUGUAAUGGAUGAGACUCAUUAGAGCCCGGCUUGCUUGUGACAGAACUCCCCCUCCAUGGCCCGCUACCACAGACCGGAGACACAUUGGUGAUCAGUCGCAUCCCCGUUGAGCUGGACACUCUAGGUGUGAGGUAUAGAAUUCUGUCAGCAAAAAAAAAGUGAUGGUUGGUGCCCAGGCACACACUAGAAAUGGGUGAGGUUGCUCUCCGAAUGUCUGUUGCUCUGGGGAUGGUAUCCAAAAGAUAGACUGAUGGUCACACCUACAGUAGGAGUGAAAAGUAUGCUCUCCAAACAUGUGAGAUAAACCGUGGUCCUCUCACGUACCUUCUAAUAUCCUCUGCUAUGUUCGGCCACAAAAAGCAAUUUUUUAGCAGUUCGGCCACCAGAUUGGUCGCUGCAAUUUCUAAGGGAAAUUAAGUCUGUGGUGUGAGUCAACUUGCAUUUCCCAAUGCCUGGCUAUUUUCAGCAGGCCUGAGUCUAGGGAUAAGGACUUGGUCCGCUUUCCUUCCCAUCCAGAAUAAAGGACAGUAAGUCAGUCUGGAUAUUUUGGGGGAUGGCAUUUGCUGCCACUCUCUUCGUCUCUAGUGCUGCAGCCAAGCAACUCAGUACUUGAUUGUGGCACCACGUGUCUCUACUUUGUCAAGCUUUUCUUACAACCCACUAGAAUAUGUUUAAAGAUUGCUGGAGCUCGGAAAAGAGGCUGGAUCUUUUCCACACCAUACAUGCAGAUCUGUUGGUGAGGGCAGCACAUCAACUCACUUUAUUAUCACAUCACCACGUGUGGUGAGUAAAAGUCUUAGGUGCACACUCCAUACAAAGUAGAAUGCAGUUGGACAGACAUCUGUAUGACAAACAACUGUAUGACUUUAAAGACUUCAGUGACAGUCUGUAAAGCCACAUCAUAUGUGUCUCUGACGAUAAAAAGUAUCUGUUUGUUUUCAUACUCCACAGCUCACUGCAUUCAAUGCCAUCCCACCUCAUCCAGCAGCCUUGCUGGGCUUGAGAGACUGCUUUGGCGCAUCUACAUCCCUCCUCUUGAUGCCGCACCUCCUCCACCACCAGCUGACGCUGUUCCUUUGGUGCUUGUCCGUGACGGUUGGUCCCCUUUAUACAGAACCGAGUGUUGCUAAGCCGGUCCUUGACAAUGUAGAGGCUGCGUUUUGUUGGGUUUGAUCUCCAUUUGUGCCCAACUGAUGUUCUCCUGGAGCGUGUCCAGCAGCUGUACAUGCUUUGGUUGUUGUGAUCAUGGGCAAUUUUUGGAGGGGUCACAAAUAAUACAGUCAAAAUUGUACUUACUACGACACUAAGCGACAAUAUGCAUUAGGUUGAUAGGUUUAUCAUGCAGACUUGCAGUCAUAUUAUAACUGAACUGAACUGUGAACAAUAAAGGUUUUUCCAUUUAUAUAUAUUUUUUGUCUUUGUUGUGAAGACAGGAACUACCCAUGAUACUACAUGUUGACAUUGAGUCACUUUUUUAAACAGUUUUAAAAUGUUAUCCUGAUUUAUACUGCAACAUUGUUUGACAAAGUAACCGUACAUCGACAUUAUUGAGUGGUUGUUAUUUUCCCCUGUAGUGCCCAAUCUCCGCUAACAAAAUUGUUCAUGUUCGUUUACCCAAACAAACUUAAAUUCUGUGUUGUACUCGUUGAUGAAUCGCCCGAGAUUCAGUAAACUGAAUGUUUAUCUUAUCCCCGGUGCACAUACUGAACAAAAUAGAUGCUGAGAAAACAAUCCACUCCCACUCCCACCCAAUGAAGGCUGUGCACCUUUUGUAGACGCUAGAUAUAGUGCCAACAUCACAAAACUGUAACCGGUAUGUGCGCGGCUGUGUGUGACACGGGAUCGGUGGCUAAGUGUUGCGGUUAAUGUUCACAUCAUGCCAGGUCCCUUAAAAUAUAGCAAUGAAUGCGAUACGGCUUCGGCGUGUUAGUUGCAGUGCGUGACGUCCUAUGUAACAAGCUAACGUUAACUAGCUAAGUAACGUAUUAAUCGCUAACAUAGCAGAUUCAUGGAAAAAUACAUCGGUAAUCAGCAUUUUUUUAAACAACUAAUCUAUUAAUGAAUCAGCAUCAACUACAUUAAAGAGAAUCACUUCAUUUAAAGUGAAUAAAAUAGCCUUCUUACUGGAGUUCAACAACCACUGAUGAACUGAGCCGCACACCUGACUGAAUGUGUUGCGCGCACUGCGCAGAGGAAUUAAGGUGGUUAGCAGGCAUUGGGCUAAACCAUUGUGAGUGGCAGGGGGAACUCAACAGUUUCUAAAUUUAGAAACGCAAUUUUUGCUUUUGUAUUUUCUACUAAUUACACAAUUAGAUUAGAUAAACAUAAAUAUAUUUAUGACAAUAGCGAAUUUAAUUGAUCGAGGAGGGGGGACAACCCUCGGAUAGAGGGGGACAUGUCCCCUCCGUCCCCCCCAGGAUUUACGCCCAUGGUUGUGAUGGUUGUCAUAUCAGAAUGUUCCAAAUUCUGAGAAUCCACUAUACUGUAUGCUUGCCUUCUCCACUGAAGUAUGGACAAGGAAACUAUUAUUCAGGAAUGCUGAAGUCUCUGGGCAACAACGCUGAAGAAAAUCUUACCUUCCACAUUCAAACAACUAAUUUUGUGAAACUGGUCAAUAGUGGAGGAAUUUUUCUCCUUGGGAAUCAGUAUGCCUCCUGCCCUUCUCCAGACCUUUGGUGUCACUUGCAAGUGAACUCAACACUCCAGGGACAUUCUUGUGGAACCAGUUCGGAAUAUUGUUGGGUCAACGAGAUGAUGCUGAUCUUGCUAGUUUUACUGCACUGUCAACUUUUUUUCUUUACGAUUUUAUUGCUGUAGACUCCCUAUGCCCUCACAAACGCAAUGUAAACUGUCACUGACAUCUGUACAUAUGAAAAAUAAACUUGAAACUGUUUUUGCAUUA